UGGGAGGUAGAAGGAAAAGCAGAAUCAUGGUUGGUUUCAAGGCCACAGAUGUGCCCCCUACAGCCACCGUGAAGUUCCUGGGAGCUGGGACAGCUGCCUGCAUUGCAGAUCUCAUCACUUUUCCUCUAGAUACUGCCAAAGUCCGGCUGCAGAUCCAAGGAGAGUGUCAAGGGCUAGCGCGCACCGCAGCCAACGCCCAGUACCGUGGCGUGCUGGGCACCAUCCUUACCAUGGUGCGCACCGAGGGCCCACGCAGCCUCUACAACGGGCUGGUUGCCGGCCUGCAGCGCCAGAUGAGCUUUGCUUCUGUUCGCAUUGGCCUCUACGACUCAGUAAAGCAGUUCUACACCAAGGGCUCAGAGCAUGCAGGCAUCGGGAGCCGCCUCCUGGCAGGUAGCACCACAGGUGCCCUGGCUGUCGCUGUGGCCCAACCUACAGAUGUGGUAAAGGUCCGCUUCCAGGCUCAGGCCCGGGCUGGUGGUGGUCGGAGAUACCAGAGCACUGUCGAAGCCUACAAGACCAUUGCACGAGAGGAGGGAAUCCGAGGCCUCUGGAAAGGGACCUCUCCCAAUGUUGCCCGUAAUGCCAUUGUCAACUGUGCUGAGCUGGUGACCUAUGACCUCAUCAAGGAUACUCUCCUGAAGGCCAACCUCAUGACAGAUGACCUCCCUUGCCACUUCACUUCCGCCUUCGGGGCGGGCUUCUGCACCACAAUCAUUGCCUCCCCCGUCGAUGUGGUCAAGACGAGAUAUAUGAACUCUGCCUUGGGCCAGUACCACAGCGCAGGCCACUGUGCCCUCGCCAUGCUCCGGAAGGAGGGGCCCCAAGCCUUCUACAAGGGGUUCAUGCCUUCCUUCCUCCGCUUGGGGUCCUGGAACGUAGUGAUGUUUGUCACCUAUGAGCAGCUCAAAAGGGCCUUGAUGGCUGCCUACGAGUCCCGGGAGGCACCCUUUUGAGCGUCUCCUGCUGCUGCCCUGGACCCCGCUGCCCUGCCCUGUCUGCCUUUUUCUUCGUCCUCUGCCCAGCCGCACACCACUUCCCAGCCCCUCAUUUCCCUCACCUCACCUCCCUUCCCACCUUAUCUCCCUGUGCCUCAGUGCUGAUGGCCCCACAGUGAGAGAGCCUGACACCAGCCAAGACCCCAAGCCCUCAGUCAUUUUAACAGUUAAACCCAAAUCUCUGUCUUCAUCCUCAUCCCAGCUCAGCCAGCCUUCACCCAUAAAGCAAGC